AUGUGCAUAUUGAGAAGAGACGCUGACUCUUGCCAAGAACCCUGGGAGUAUCCCGAGCCUAUCGCGGACUCCACGUUUGAUCUCGAGAAAACAGAGCCUCCGAGAUUCAGGGCCUUUCGGUAUACGUAUCACCGACACACAAUUGACGUUCGAAAAUUGGACGGGAAUUCCUGGGUCAUUCUUGACAAAGAUUGGCCGCUUUAUCACCAUACAAAAGUGAAGAGACUUGCUGAACGAGGCGAUAAAAUUGUGAAGACCUUGCCACCUGCCAAAGCCGCCGCUCAUGAGCUUUGUCAAGAUUUAGGCGAAUUCUUGUCUCGGCGAUACCCUCAAGUCUACUCGAUUGAACGAUCUCAAAAAAACACUCUUGGAUGGAAGGGCCAGGGAUCUAUCAUCAAGAUUGACAUGCCAGCGCUUGGUGCAUCGUAUGACCUCACCAAGGAGGAUCCCCUGACGGUAGCUGGACUCCUUCAACCUGCAGACAUCAACAUUCUCACGAAAGGUGACGAUGGAUACUACCAACUUGUGGCUAUGAUGCUUGGUAUUGGAGGCGGACAACGUCUCAAAGACAAGCUCGGAAGCAAUCUUGCAGACCUCCAUUUUGACGGACAUAUCCCUCACUAUGCAGAGCAACUUCAGCGUCCGCUCGAUCGGUUCUUGAAUAAACUGAAAGUUGAAUCACCAAUUCACCGAAACACUACUGGCAUCACUAUCCAUGACGAUUUCCACUGGCCGAAAUUCACGAUGGGGCCUGAAGAUGACUGGGAUCCGAAGAUCCGUGGGCCUGGCGUUGGGACUCCUAGCUACGGAAAAUGGCAACCUCCAGGCCCCAUCACCGACAUUUCCCAGCUUUGGUUCCGCCAGGAAAGGCAAGUACUUCGGCGUCUCCCCAAAUCAGGAGCUAUCGUGUGGAUGGUGCACACGUACAUUGAGCCAAUGGAGGCCGUCGCCCAGGAAGCCGGCGUUCCAGGACGUAUGGCAUCGCUUGUCCGAAGCUGGGGUCCUGUGUUAGCGGAGUGA